AUGUUCCAGGAGCUGAUGCAUUGGACAGAAGAGGAAGAUUUGGGAUACGCUGUGCAGAUCUACUCAGUGUACAACAUUGUCCGUGGCGGUGCAAACAUGCUCCGCGCAGAGCUGGAAGGUAUUCACCGCCUUCUGCAACACGCUCUUACUUGGGACUACUGUAUUCUUCUCAGUGAGCAGGACUACCCACUGAGAGCGAAUGAAGUCCUGGCCACUUACCUUUGGGUGCAUCAUGGCACGAGCUUCGUGUCAGUGGACGAGGGCGAGUGCGAACGCGACGUUUCAUACCAGUGUGGGGACCGUGUUAUAUCUCUGUCGGCUGGCGCGCAAUACCCCAAGAUUCCAGGCAUGAGAUAUGCGAGUGGCUCCCAGUGGUUUGCGAUAACGCAUGAAAUGGCCGCCGCAGUCGCCAGCAGUUUUGCCAAUGCCUCCACACUGGUGGGAGCCAUAUUCCAAGACCUCACAUCCGUCAAGCAGCCAGAUGAGAGUUUCUUCCAGGCUGUCGUGUUGAACACGAAAUUCUGCUCCAAAUGCUCGGACUUUACGCUCCAUUGGACAGACAAAGAUAGCAUGCGCGAAGUCCGGAGCCUGACUAGCGAGUACAACAUUCUUUCACCCGGUGUGCUGGGGCUCUUGGAGGAUUUUACAAAAGUUGAGGAAGUCCGGCGGCAAUCAUUGUGGGCUUUUUUUGCGCGGAAAUUUGAUGACAGCCGUGAGAGCUCUCAGCUUAAGGACCAGUUGGAUGGCGAGGCCAGCCAUAAUUCCCGGCCAGCCUGGACGACCGCAAGGGUCCCAGCCAUUGGAAGAGUCAUUGAAGUCUUGGCGAGCUCACUGGCUCAGAUCAAGUCCAUCCAGCGAUUGCAAAGAAAUUAUGAUGGAAUAUUCAAUUUCCAAACCCUGCGCCUACAAGUGGAGCCGCGACUAGAGAUUCGGAUCCAUGAAAAGCUGGCAACGCCGAAGACAGCCCAUCCUCUUUUGGCACUGAGGGUCGGUUGUGAUUGGAACAAGGACGAGUUGGUUUUUGAUGGGGAUGUGUCUGCCGUCUCGGCAUCCAGUACUGGCCCCUACAGUUGUCCGAGCUUGUGGGCGGUUGCGCACUGGCGCAUGUCGAAGAAGCCGAUCUCACAGGAAUUGGUUCUUGUUUGGAUCGAUCCGCGAGGAACGCCAAUGCAGCAUGCGCCGAUUUCAAUUUCAGAGAAUUCUGUGCUUCUUUGGCAUCGAUACACUGCGACUCAGCCACUUCCACAAGGGCUGUGGUCUUUAGAGGUCAAAAGCCAGGACUCCAUCCUGGCACGCCGGCACUUCUUCGUGUAUGGCGAUCCUUCUGACAUCCCUUGGCAGAACGUGAGGGAGUACUUCGACAUUGUCAUCCUCUAG